ACGCCCGCCGUCAUUGUUCCCGGUUUUUACAUAGAUACCGGUGGCUGGCUGGGCCCUCGUCAGUCGUUUAGGAGGGCAGGCGAGAGCAGCACGCCUUCCGAGAGCACCUCCGCUAUACCCUACUCGUCUACCGCAGCAUCAGCGGCACUGACAUCACAACCAUCACCAUCGUCAUCAUCACCAGUGCCGGGAGAGACUCUGCACCAGCAGGAACCUCUGACUAUGUCGAGCGCCGGCGCUCUACGGCAGGCCGGUCUGCCGUGGUCAUCAAAACUUCCGGAGACUCCUGAGAACCUGACAUCACAAGACCCACUGCGAGUGGUCGCCUUCGAUGACCCUCCCUACGUGAGCGUCCAUCACCGUCCUGAUGGCUCAGUCAGCUUCAGCGGCUACCUGUUCCAGCUGUGGCAGAUCAUUGCUGACGAGCUGGAUCUCAGCUAUCAACUAGUGGCCAUUCCACAAGACAGCGGCUACGGCAGCAUGGACGAGAACGGCACCUGGACAGGUAUGGUGGGCGAGCUGACUUACGGACGCGCCGACCUGGCGCUCACCUGGCUCAACGGCCGGCCGGACCGCGCCUCUGUGGUUGACCUGAUCGACGCCGUGCCCGUGGAGCGCGAGAGGUACACGUUCUACCUGCGACAGGGCGCGCGGCUGGUGCCGAAGGUGACGCCGACCAUGCUGAGCUCCAUCUUCCGGCCGCUGCAUCUGCACGUGUGGCUGCUGCUGCUGGCUGCGCUACUGGUGCUCGCCGCUGCGCUGCGCCUGUCUUCGCGGUACGAUGGCGAGUCCUCUGGGCCGACUGUGGAGGACCGGAGGGCGCGGGAGCACCUCGGCUGGGGCUCCUGUCUGUUCUCUGUGUUCAUGUCAAUGGUGGGCCAGGGUUGGAGCGUCACGCCGCGCUCCAACUCGGGCCGUGUCGUCACCAGUGUGACUUGGAUGCUGGGCAUGUUGAUCAACAUCAGCUACACGGCCAACCUGAUCUCUCACCUCGCCGUCACCACGGUGGACCGACCCAUCAGCAGUCUGCAGGAGUUCGCCGAGCAGCCCGACUGGCUGCUAGCCGUGGAAGCCGGCACCGGCAUCAUCAACGACUGGAAGAGCAGUGACAGCGCCCUGGAGCAGGGCCUCUUCCGCCGGGUGAUCAGCGGCGAGGGUCUCCUGCGUCUGGACGGCACGCGGGAGAGCGCCAGCAGGGCCAUACAGCCGCGCGUGCUGGCCUACAUCGACCUGCACCGCCUGACAUACGCGCUGGGCUCGGAGGCGUGCGCUGUGGUGCCGCUGCUGGACCGCAUGCCGUCCUACCGCAGCACCUACCUGGCCAUGGCCAAGGGCAGGCCGCGCCUGAAGCGGGCCAUCAACCGGGUGAUGCUGAGAAUGGACCAGAGCGGCACCCUGGACAGGCUGAAGAGCAUGUGGCUGAGGGCGGGCCGCGGCACGUGCCAGCCGUCGGGAGGGGUCAAAGCGCUGGCGUUUGGUGAUAUGCUUCCAGUGCUGUUGUUGAUACCCAUCGCGGUUUUCUUCAGUGCAGUCAUUGUUGUCUUGGAGGUGAUAUGGCACAAACGGUAUGUUUUCAACUGCUCAUCACCAAAACCGCUAAGAAAUAAUUUCAUUUGGUAUAAAUGAACCGAUGGUAGAAUGAACAAGAUAAUAAA